GAAAAGUGAAGUGCGAUAUGGCGUUGUAUUGGCAGAAACCGCGCUAAUAAAUACGACGCUUAGGAGAAUCGCAUAUUUUAUCUCUAGAGCAGGAGUGAGUUGGUAAGAAUCGAGACAUCUGUAUCUGUCAUGGGGAAGGACAAGAAGAAGAAGAAGGAAGAAACUGAAAGUACAUCAGAUUCAGGGCCUGACGAUGUUACUCCUCCACCUUCAAAGAAGGCAAAGCCAAAUACAUCUGGCUCUAAGAGUGAAGAAGAACCGUCGUGGCUUCUUGAGAAGAAUCGAUUUGUAAAGGUGCGAGAGUACAGGGGGACUGUAUAUAUCGACAUCCGUGAGUACUACGAUUCAGAUGGAGACUUGAAGCCUGGAAAGAAAGGUAUCAGCCUCACGACCUUCCAGUGGCAGAAGCUUAAGAAAAUAAUAAGUGAGGUGGAUGAUGCUAUCAAGGAGAGAUGUUGAGCAUGUGCGCAUGUGUGAAUAUUUAUGUGUGUUUACAGUACAUCUGAUGAAAGUUCAGGUUCAUUUAAUGUAACUUUCAAAAUGUAUGUGUUAAUUUUGUGAUUAAAGUACCAGAUGUAGAAUU